AUGAGAGACUGGAAUACAGAAGACAUUAUUAUUGAUGUUAAUAAAGCCUACGUUCUUCGACGCAUAGGUAAAUAUUCGCCAAUUGUUGCAGAGAAAAUUAUCCACACAUUUAUACCUCUCGAUAAUCUCUGUGUUGGAUCUCCAAAUACAGAUGUUUGCGUAUAUGCUUCACUGCCGCUAAAGACGAAUGUGGUGCAACUAGCUACUAUUGUGGCACCAAGUCAUACGAUUCAGACUCGAUCGUUAUACGAGACAGAUAGAUUGUCGAGCUUAAUUGGCAAAGAUAUGAGACGAAUUCUCGCGCAGCAUCAUCCAGACGAAAUGAUUAGGAAUACAAAAUCAAUCGUGCAUUACAUUGAUGAUAAAUUUUAUUAUACAAAGAAUGAAGAAAGAGAAUUGAUAACGCCAAUUGUCAAUACUUCCUAUAUUUAUUCCGGUUUUUCUCGUAUUCGUCCAACAUUAAUUGAAUUAGUACUUAAACAAAUAAAUGCGAACAAAAUUGGUGUAGAAUAUUUACCUUAUCUCGAUUUAAAACGAUUUCUAGAAGCCGCAUAUACAACUAUUGACACCUCAUACACGAUUUCCAAUACGCAGGAAGCCUUGGAUGAUUUUAUUCAACUUAUUAUAGGACAAUCAAUAUUUGCAUUACGUUACUGUUCUAUAGAUAAAAGAACUACAGUUGAAAUUCAACCAUGUAUGGUUAUGUCAACAGUGUUCUCGCACAUUCGUAACGAUGCUGCACACAUAUAUUUUAUCUACCAAUUGAUUCCUUUAUCAGUUAUGAACAAUAAUACUAUUUAUAGCUACACAAAUCUUCCAAAACUAAUAGGAAUCAAUGUGAUCGAUGGUAAACUUAUUGUGUGGAAAAAAGAUUCAGACUUGAAUGAUUGUACAUUUACACCUAUAUUUCAAUGCAAAAAAUUACCUGUUUUUAUUUCAUCAUCGAAAUCUUCGUGCCUAUCACAGUUGUUUGACGAUGAACAAUCCAUUGCAAAUAUGUGUGAGAUUAGUCGGUCGAACAACAUUAAUGAAAAUUUUAUUCAGAUUGAUAAUGACGUCUGGCAAUUCAACGCGAUCCAGAAAACGGAAUACUGUGAAUUUGAUAUAGAUGCAAGUAAUGUCAAACAAAAAAUUUUCUUAAAUAAAGCAGCGAUUGUACGUUUUCCAUGCAAUAAGACGAUUACGUGCACCAGUUCUACACUACAAGCGACAUCAUGUAAGGAUCAUCGAAUUUUCAUAAAAUCUGAUGCUCAACCAGGCAUUCAAUCUCAAUCUCAUUUCGUUUUGCCCUUAAAGAAUAUGACACAAGCAAUCAUCACAUCGUACCAAUCACAAUUGAAAAACUCAAUGGCCGAAUUAAUAAUAGCUUUGGACCUAAAGAAAAACAAAGUUACGGAAGGAUUUCAAGAUAUUUUCGUGUACGCCACAUCGAUCGUUGGUUUGGUACUCGUCAUCAUCUUUCUUUACAUUAUAAAACUGAUAAAAAACAAAUUACAAAAGGAAGUACGCAACCUUGAGUUAUUAGUUGAGGACUUGAUUAUUGUUUAA